AUGCGACUUCUCAAACUCCUCCACACGUCGCUCGACCGCGCCUUGCUACUCCUUUACCCGCUCUGCGCCGUGAGCUUCACCUACCUAUACCUCUACCCCGUUUUCAAGGGCUGCGCAUUCCCCCUAGCCCACGGCCAGUCUCCAUGGAAAACCAACUCCCCAUUCAUCGGGACGCUACAGCAAUAUCCCUUCGCCAACACCGUCCUCCAACACCUCGGAGUUCCGAACUUCGCGCCAGAUGACCCCCCCGCCAUCUUUAGGCUCCUAGUCCUUGCAGACCCCCAAUUGGAAGGCGAUACAUCUCUCCCGCUGCCGGAAUGGAAACUAGUCCCGCGUAUACGCAAACACUGGCGCGAAGUCCAGAAGUCCGCAGAGUCCUCAGAUCUCCAAUGGCCGCUCUCGCUCCUGAACCGCGAGGUGCCCGUCGGCCUGUGGGCCAUCAUAAGGGAAGAUAUACCACGCUCACUGCGAGCAACACAAAAACAGAUCGACCUUCUCGGUAAUGACUGGUACCUCGCACAUAUCUACCGCACCCUCUUCUGGUGGACGAGACCGACGCAUACAACAGUGCUAGGGGAUCUUCUGGGCAGCCAAUGGAUUGACGAUGCCGAAUUCCAAUCGCGUAGUACGCGAUACUGGAAUCGUGUGUUCCGUGGCGCCGUACCCGUGAACGACAGCAUUACACGCACGGGCGAGAUUGGGAGCACAGGGAAAGCCAACGAGGAUCCGGAGGUUAAAGGACACAUGGAGCCACUAGGAGAGGACGCCGACCCAGCCUGGGCAAGACGGUUGAUCAAUGUUGCGGGAAACCAUGACAUCGGGUAUGCAGGCGACGUGAGCGAAGCGCGGAUGGAGCGAUUUGAGCGUGAAUUCGGCCGCGCAAACUGGGAUAUCAAGUUCCAGCACCCGCCUGUCCUGUUGCCCAAUUCUACCUGGGAUCAGCGGACGGUCCCCACGUUGCAUUUGAUCAAUUUGAACACGCUGACCCUGGACACGCCUGCUUUAUCAAAGGAUGUCCAGGAUAAGACCUAUUCCUACCUCAACGACCUUAUUGGCAGGUUGGACCCGAUUGAGGAUGAUUCCACCUUUACUUUACUCCUCACGCAUGUGCCUUUACACAAGGAGGAAGGUACCUGUACAGAUGAGCCCUACUUCUCAUUCUACGAUGACGACGAUGAAGACGGCCCGGACGGAGUGCCGCGCUUUGAGUCCGGCGGUUUGAAGGAGCAGAACCACCUGAGCAGCUUUGUUAGUGCGAAUGGGAUUUUGCAAGGCAUUUAUGGAAAAAGUGGUGAUAAGAAUGCGCAUGCCGGUGGAAAUGGCCGUAAUGGACUCAUCCUCACAGGCCACGAUCAUACAGGCUGUGAUGUCGUGCAUUAUGUUUCCCAUAACGAGACCGAGACUGAAGAGGGUUGGCAAUGGGCCGCUAGACGCUACGAUGGCUCUAACAUCAAAGAGAGAGAAAAGGCUUCCAUCCGUGAGGUGACUCUUCGUUCGAUGAUGGGUGAAUUUGGUGGCAAUGCUGGUCUUCUUUCCAUCUGGUUUGAUGCUAAACUUGGUGGAUGGGACUAUGAGAUGACGUUGUGCCCUGCUGGUGUGCAGCAUAUCUGGUGGGCGGUGCAUGUGAUUGUUUUGAUCCAUUUUGGUGUUCAAUUCGUUCGGUUCUUGCUCUGGAUGGGCCUGCGCUCUCAAGAAAUCAAGUACUCAAAAUCGAUCUUGGUUGGUGAGAAGAUCGAGGCGACAGUUAUCCCCCCAGUCAUUCCACUCAUUGUUCGUGCGAAACAAGAGCCUGAGGGAGGAAUGGGAAAGGCAAAGACGAGUAAGAAGUGA